ACAUUAAAGUGCAUCCUUUUGGGUUUGAAAGUGCAUUCGAGUGAAAACUCGCGGUUGCAUCAUACCUGCGGAGUUUAUUGUGCUUUCAGUAAUUCUAGGAAGUUUUCUCGUGUUUGCAUUUCGGUCUGGUGCAUUUCGAUCUGUAUUCUUCAACGGAAAGGUGCUAGUGGCUAGAUAACAAAAGCCGUUUGUUCCAGAUCACAAGUUAUGCGCAAUUUGAUUGCUUGAGUAGUGGCAGUGGAGGAUGAAACUUUUCUCGAAUGCGCUGGUCCUGCGGAAGGUCAAUCGAUAUCUGCGGAAAAAUGUGCGGGACCAGUCGCCGAACAUUCUACGACUUUGGGCAACCCAGUGCGAGUUUCUCUUUGCCCAGCAGCUUCGCCGGAGUCAGCAGAUUCUGGCUCUGUACGCCAAAAUCUGGGAGGAGCGAGCCCUGAGGGAACUGCUCAAACGAUUUCGCGGUCAGGUUCAACGCCAUGCCAAAGGGUUCAUGCUUUCGUCGACCGCCCUGCUGGCCGCCUUCGAUUGGAAUAGGGAACGGAUCGAAUACGAAGACGUGAAGGAAUACUUUGACGAUUUCAACUUUCUCGAUCGGUUAAAGAAGGAAACCAUUUUCUGUCCCCGGUGCCAAAAGCGGAAAGAAAUCGACUGCCGGGUGGAGGGCAUUCGCUACUGUUGCUGUCCGAAAAAUGUGACGGACAUGUUGUCCCGGGGAGAGAAUGAGUUCACUGCAUGGGAACCGUACAUAGAGCAAAAGAGUAUGAUAACUUGGCGGAAAGAGCUCAAACCGGGACUGUACGCAUAUAAAGUUUACGUCGAGUAUCCGGACAUCACAGCAGAAGAUUUCUUACAUGUGCAAACCGAUGUAGAAUAUCGAAAAAAGUGGGAUAACACCGCUGUUAGUUUGGAGGUCAUCGACGAAGACGCAACAAAAGGUUCCAACAGUAGCAUAAUCUACUGGGAGAUGUUAUGGCCGAAAUUGUUUGCCAACCGCGAUUACGUAUACAACCGACGGUACUUUGUGGAUCGCUCUCGCAAAGUUAUCGUCAUUGUCAACAAAAGCGUGCAGCACCCAAAGUGUCCCGUAAAACCGAGCAACCAAAGAGUCAACGAGUACUGGAGCUUUAUGGUCAUCAAACCAACCAGUGGCACAUUUAGCAAGCCGGGUCUGUCGUUCAUAUUGACCUAUUUCGAUAACCCGGGCUUGUCAAUACCGAAGUACAUUACUAAUUGGGUGGCCAAGAAGCAAAUGCCGGACUUUUUGGGUCAACUCUACCAGGCCACGGUCAACUACGCCUCGGCUAAGAAGCAGAACGAAACGAGAAUUGUGGAAUUCUGGGACAAGCAUCGGGAUCCGGGUUUCGAGUACCCGCCGGAUGCACUACCCGGAUUUAGUAAUGAAGAUUACCUUCAAGCGCGUAAUGAAGGGGAAGGCAGUGGCACGCUGCAAGAAGCCAAUCCGAAAUCCGUAGUACAAGUAAACGAGCCAAACUUGGUAGUCCAUCAUUCGGAAAAAUUACAUCCUCUUAAUAGUGCCUCCAAAGAGCAAACAACGGCAUCGCCAUCAACUGUAUCUGCUCCACCGGUAGCUGCUGUAGCCACGCCAUCGUCAUCAUCCCAACAAACGCAGGACGACUGUGGAGCGACGCAAAAAUCUUCCUGGUGGAGCUAUCUGUACUCGUAUCUAUAUUUCAUAUAAGUCUCUGAAGCAUGAUUCAGACGGUUGAUACGUCGCGUGUUUUUGGUAAGGACACUUCGCAUGACAUCAGUGAAUAUUAUGUAUAAUAGCAGUUGCAUCAACUCUUAGAUGUUGACCGAAAAUUUUUCCACGCAAUUUUACUUGUACGUACAACAUAGAUGCUUGGCAAUGAUCGCCCACGACAAAAAGUACCUUCUAGUUAUAAUCAACUUUAGCGUCAUUAUGACAAGAAGAAAAUCUAUCUUAGAUGUUUAAUAGCUAACUACCAGAUUGUGAAAAGUCAGUGAAGAUUUGAAAACAAAUACCAUUAUUACCUAUCUUACCAAACACAAAUUGUGAAUCGAUUGAUCAUUUGUUCCUAAAAAUAUGAUUAUGGUCGAAAAAUGCCAGGUUCCACACGUUUGAAACAAAUGGGAUGAAAACAAACAACAAUGCAAUAUUAGUCCUUUAUAAGAAAUCGUUCAAUGCAAAGUUUUUUUUGUGUCUUUAUUUCUGUAAAUAUAUUAUAACUUUGUUUUCUCUAUAAUCGAUUAGAAAAAAAUCAAUGAAAUAUGUACUAGAUCCGAUCCCAAAAAAGCAAUUAGAACGACUUAGUGAUUAAAUGAAAAUAGCAUUCAUUUACAUUACUUAAGUUGACUCAAUUUUCUUUAAAGACAUUUGAUCGAUGAGCUUUGUUUUGCUGAUAAAAAUGCUCUUUUUCUGAAAGUGCUACAAAACAUUAUCCUAGUUCUUUACAUAUGUGCUAUUACACUACUAGUUGAUGAA